GACCCACAUUAGCCGACAGCUUCAAUCGAGUAGCUUCAUGGCCAUCAUUGACGACUACACGGACGCCUAAAACCAUCACCACCAAAGUCGGUCGACAUAUCACAUCGGUUCGAUUCGUCCACGCUCGCUCCGAAAAUAAACGUUUACAAUGUCGAACAACAACUGGCAGGAGGAAGCUAUGCGCCGCCUUCGACAGAUGCAGCAGGCCCGUGGUGGUGUUGGAGGUGGCCCUCAGAUGCCUCGAGCAGCCGGUGGUGCCCUCUUCGGCGGUCUGCUACUCGCUGGUGGUGCUCUAUUCCUGUCAAACUCCCUAUUCAACGUCGAUGGUGGUCACAGAGCCAUCAAGUACCAGAGGCUAACUGGUGUGAGCAAGGAGAUUUACAAUGAAGGAACGCACAUCAACAUCCCUUGGUUUGAGACACCAAUUGUGUACGAUGUCCGAGCAAAGCCACGCAAUGUUGCGUCUUUGACCGGAACCAAGGAUCUGCAGAUGGUCAACAUCACCUGCCGUGUGCUCUCUCGCCCACAGAUUGAUGCUCUGCCCCAGAUCUACCGUACACUAGGCACCGACUACGACGAGCGCGUGUUGCCGUCUAUUGUCAAUGAGGUUCUCAAGAGUGUUGUUGCCCAAUUCAACGCUAGCCAGCUCAUCACGCAGCGAGAGAACGUUGCCAGACUGGUUCGAGAGAACCUUGCUCGACGAGCUGCUCGAUUCAACAUUCUCCUCGACGACGUAUCUCUAACUCACCUUGCCUUCUCUCCCGAAUUCACAGCUGCCGUCGAGGCUAAGCAGGUUGCCCAGCAAGAGGCGCAACGAGCUGCUUUCAUCGUCGACAAGGCUCGACAGGAAAAGCAGGCCAUGGUUGUCAAGGCGCAGGGUGAGGCUCGCUCUGCUGAACUGAUUGGUGAGGCCAUCAAGAAGAACAAGGCCUACGUUGAGCUCAAGAAGAUCGAGAACGCUCGGCAGAUUGCUGCUCAGCUCCAAGAAGCUGGCUCUAAGAACAGACUCAUGCUUGACUCUGAGGGCCUGGGCCUCAAUGUCUUCGACAGCAAUGACAAGAACUGAUCGGAUGAUAUGGACGGACGAGCCGUGAACGAGGAGAGGUGCUUAUGGAUUUAAUGAACUCUCCACUGUAUGUCUACCGAAAGGGUUGUACUAUUAGGAAUAAUGAGGUAGAAAAAGCCAAACUACCAAUUCUGCUCUGCUGCAAACGAUUUCAUAAAAUUUGGCCUCAAUUCAAGAACGACAAGAGUGAACCACUACGGGUGCAAACGACGCGAAACAGUAGUUGAGUCUUCAAUCUCGGCUCUUGACACAUAGACAUGAGCAAAUAGGUAAGUAUUGG